CAGGCAUCUGUACAUCUCCAUGUGAUCGCCUCACCAGUGAAGCCUAUUACUGAGGCACCGUAACAUACCUAUUUAUUUGCCUUUCUUUAUCAGUCAUCCGCCCUCUUUUCAGGCAGACGUGACGAAGAAACGAUAAAGUCUUCUAAAGCCUUUCUCAAUCUUUGGAACUUCGACACCUUUGUAUCAUUUCACCAUCAAGAUUAUACAAAAUCUCAACCCCGCAUCCUUUCAGCGAUACAGCAUCUGAGUCCACCCUUCGACAAGCACAUCAACAGACAUCAUUCCUAUCGAACGAGCGAAUCGAUACGCAACGAAGCCAUUAUGAAUUACAUCUACUCCACAGUCAACACCAUACGGGAUCGUUAUACACCCGUCUCUCACAAGUCAACCUUCCGCCAGACCGGUCAAAUCACACCUGAAGAGUUCCUCGCUGCGGGCGACUACCUUGUGUACAAGUUCCCGACCUGGUCUUGGGGCGAUGCAGACUCUCCUGAGCAGCGAGUGAGCCAUCUUCCUCCCGGAAAGCAGUUCCUCGUCACACGCAACGUUCCUUGCCACCGACGCCUGAACGAUGACUUUGCAGGCGACGCUGGCCAUGAGGAAGCUCUCGUCAACGACGGCGACGACUUCAAGGGCGCUACUGGCGACGAUGAUGAUGGUUGGCUGAGGACCGGUGGUCUGGCUAGUUCCCAGCCGCUGAAGGUCAAGGAGGUGAGGACGGUGGAUGACUCCGGAAAUGUCGGUGAUCGAGAGGUUGUCGAGGAUGAUGAUGAAAUCCCUGACAUGGAGGAUGAAGACGACGACGAGGCUAUUAUUCGCGAUCCUGGCGCUGAUUCCAAGAACAGCGCUCACCGUACAUACACGCUCUACAUCAUGUACUCCCCCUACUACCGAACACCCCGUCUGUAUCUCUCAGGCUAUCUCGCCAGCGGCCAGCCGCUCCCCCCUAAUGAUAUGACAGAGGACAUCGUCGGUGACUACAAAGACAAGACAGUGACACUUGAGGACUUCCCCUUCUUCGCCAACAACAUCAAGAUGGCCUCUGUGCAUCCCUGUAAGCACGCCUCAGUCAUGAAGACACUACUCGACCGUGCCGAUGCGGCUCUUCGCCUGCGCCGUGAGAAGCUCCGUGCCGGCAACAACCAGACACCGUCUGGUAUGGAGGGUCUGGUAGACGAGAUUGGAAAGUUGGAUGUCAAGGGCGCUCAAGAGGCAGCGGACAAGGAUGAGUGGGAGGAGGUCCAGGAGACCGAGAUCGAUGAUCAAGAGGUUGCUAUUCGAGUGGAUCAGUACCUAGUUGUAUUCCUCAAGUUCAUGGCCAGUGUGACACCUGGUAUCGAACACGAUUUCACCAUGGGCGUCUAAUCGGGCGAAUCAAUGACUGAGAUUAGACUUGCGGGCCAGAGACGGUUAAGAAGUAUGGACUGGGAGUCACUAUAUCCGGAGAAUAGGCGUUGACGGUGUUCGAUUGUUGAGGUCUUCUAUGGUAGCGACUGUAUUCAGACAGUGUGGAUUCUUUCACUUCCAGCAUGAAUAUAUGGAAGCCGCAGGUUAAUAUGUGCCUACUUUAGAUGCUUAGGAUUUCCACAAAAGGCAAGUCGGAUAGCGAUGAUAUAAGAAUCCAAUGCUAUCGUCGAUUGAUGUUAUGUGAUUGACUACAGAACUCCCUCACCGGGCUAGGUUGAUAUCCCGCAAGGGGCUGAAGGAGAAACUUGACAUGCAAUCGUUGUAUAAGCUUUGGACCUAUCUUAAAUGAUAAAAAGAUAUGAG